GCCGCCUAAUGCUGCUGGUGUUGUACGGACGGUCGAGAAAAGUUGUGUGUGGCGUCUGGGAAAUAGUGAAAAUUUCGCGGUAAAAGUGCUUCCCUUGCUACCGAAACCGAGUGCAAAGUGUGGCCCAGAAUACGGCCGAACAGUGAGCGAUGGAGUAGACACGGUUUCGGGCCGACCCAGCGCUGUGAAAUUGGAAUAAUUUGUCAAGAUCUUGACCUUGAGUGUACAUUGAUCUUUCGCGGAUCUCAGUGUGCGCGGUGGCGUUGUUCAGAGGAAAUAGUGUGCGAGAGCGCUAGCAGGCAGGGUGCACGGCGGGGUUUUCUUCAUUUGCUUCUUGCACUUUCCGCUUCAUUUUACCCGGUGCGCCCGAGAGACGACUGCGCCGUCGCCUCACCAUCACCCCCGCCCGUGCCGAUUCUUUUGUGUAGCGCGUUUCGUUCACGGCGUAGUUAAAAAGCAUCGUUUCGAUGGACAGUAGGCGCUUGUUGUAAUCUGCGGCGUGUGUGUGUGUGUAUGUUAACGGCAGUGCGUUUUGUGUGUGUGCUGCUGAACUGGCUACGGAUGACGGCGACGGACGAUACGAUGACCGUGUUUCGCAGCUGCUAAAUUGCGCGCCCGUUUGUCGUCUACCAUUUUUUUCUGCGGGUGUUCAUCAUCGCAUCAUCAUCAUGAAUCCCUCUGCUACCCUCCCGCCGCGCGUGCGGUGCUGCGCACCAUCGAGACAGGUUUUGAAAAGUGUCAUUAAGUUGCUCCGGCGACGGUGAGGCAAAAAGACGACGACGACCGCACUAGACGGAAAAAGAAGGUGUAAUUUAUUGAUGUGUGCGUGUGUGCGUGCGGUUUGUCGUUGACUCUGUACCCGGUGGUGAGUGUCCCCGUGUUGCUCGUUAAUUCGCCUUCCCACCUUCAAAAGUAUGGCAACAAGAGAUAAUCUCAAAGGAGUAGUGUACAUGGCGUGACAUGGCAAUGUGUGCGUAAAGACAUGUGAGGGAGGGUGUAUGUAUGUGUGUGUGUCUGUGCGGUCAUUUGAUGCGGAAGUUAAGAACUGAGCGGAAAUGAUGAAAAUCCUUGAUCGCUAAUGAGAAGACAAUGUAUAAACGAUUUUGCUCAAGAUCCUCUAUCCGACAAUCCAGCCCAUCUGAGGCUACAUUUGCAAAAGGAUGACCACAGUAAAUGCCUAUGCACGGUGAUGCAACUUGCUAUUAUAGAAACAUAUUUUAAACAGUAUUAUUUUGCUAGAAACUGAAACACAGCUGACAGCGUUUAGCACAUCCGUUGUUUUUACAUUCCAUCAAUCAAAGGCAGAACGUUCGAACAAAGUCUUAGCAUGUCUAAACUUCCGACCUCCGUACGGGCUAGUUUGUUAUGAGCAAAAAUGUGGAGUGAAAACUACUAUGAUCUAUGCGCUAACGAGGAAUUCGGUUUCAGGCUUAGUCCAGAUACUAUGCAGCAAGGGUCAGGAUCGUCAACGCCUUCAGCGGCACCGGCAAGUGUUGUGCCCCCUGCGCCGGCAACAGUCGACAGCAUGGACGAACCACCGCCAAGGAACGAGCCCGUGGUGGAGCCGGUGAACGGUAUCGUGCAGCCGCCAGUAAUGCCACCGCCGGAGCGCCCGGGCCGGUUAACGAAUCAGCUUCAUUUUCUGCUCCGGACCGUCAUGAAGGCGGUGUGGAAGCAUCAGUUCAGCUGGCCCUUCCAGCAGCCGGUCGACGCGAAGAAGCUUAAUCUGCCCGACUACCACAAGAUCAUCAAGCAGCCGAUGGACUUGGGCACGAUCAAGAAGCGGUUGGAAAACAACUACUACUGGACGAGCAAAGAAUGCAUACAGGACUUCAACACCAUGUUUACCAACUGCUACGUCUACAACAAACCGGGCGAGGACGUGGUCGUGAUGGCCCAAACGCUGGAGAAGCUCUUCCUGACGAAGGUCUCCCUAAUGCCGAAGGACGAAACGGAGAUGGAGGUGCAGCAGCCGAAGGGUGGCAAGAAGAAGCCCCGCUCGCUGGCCCCGCCCGGGACGCUGGUCGGUAACACGUCGGUAACGGGCGCGGCCGCAGCGGCCGGUGUCGCCCCGAAUGCGGCCAUCGUAGCUGGCGCGAAUGCAGUGGCGGUGGCGGCGGCAGCGGCUGCAGCCGCACGGGCCCGGCCCGGAUCGGCCCUUGGGGCGGCGGUUUCGUCCAGCGUGCCGCCGCUGAGCGCUGUUCCCCCGGGGAUGGGUGCCGCCUCGACGGUGGUCGCACCGAGUGUGCCCCCGAUCGGUACCAUGCCGCCCCAGACUGUGCCUGGUAGCACAAACACCACCACGACGGCAGGACCUAACGCGGCCGUUGCGGCACUGACGGCGGCAGCCGCUGCUGUGGCGGCCGUAAACACACCGCACAAUGCCAUGGGCAACCCAAUCGGUGCGCCGGUAGUCAGCAAACCGAGCGCACCCACCAACCCGCCGUACAUGGUGAACAGCUCGCAGCCCGGAAUGGACACGGUGUUGCCGCCCCAGCAGCCGGCGAAGGUUAAAAAGGGUGUGAAGAGAAAGGCAGAUACCACGACCCCGACAGCAACCGUGUUCGAUCCGCACUAUGGCACGCCGAUGGAUUCGAACGCUGCCAAGAUCGCCACUCGAAGGGAAUCGGGCCGUCAGGACAUAGCACCCUAUCAAACCUCAGCCUAUCCGAUGUCACCGAUGGCACACCAGGGUUCGAGCUCGUCGCAGUAUCCGCCGAAGAACAAGGAGAAGCUGUCCGACGCGCUCAAGUCGUGCAAUGAAAUCUUGAAGGAGCUGUUCUCCAAGAAGCAUUCGGGUUACGCCUGGCCAUUCUACAAACCGGUGGACGCGGAGCUGCUCGGUUUGCACGACUACCACGACAUAAUCAAAAAACCGAUGGACCUCGGCACGGUGAAGCGAAAAAUGGACAACCGGGAGUACAAGUCGGCGCCGGAGUUUGCCGCGGACGUUCGGUUAAUAUUCACCAAUUGCUACAAGUACAACCCGCCAGAUCAUGAUGUGGUCGCGAUGGGCCGGAAGCUGCAGGACGUGUUCGAGAUGCGGCUUGCCAACAUACCGGACGAACCGGUAAACAACGUUGCCCCGCACCAUCAGUGCAAGGAGAGCGAACCGUCGUCCUCGAGCGACACGAACGACAGCGACGAAGAGAGCGAGUCGGACGAAGAGUGUGCACAGAAGUUGAAGCUGCUCGAGAAGCAACUGUUCGAGAUGCAGGAGCGCAUGCGGAAGCUCACCGAGGAGGCACUGCUGAAGAAGAAGCAGAAGAAGAAGUCAAAGGACAAAAAGAAAUCUUCUGUUGCCGGACCGGGCGGUGCGGCCGGCGGUGGUGCGAGUGAUAUUAAGGGGAUGAUGGAUCCCCACGCCGGGCUCAGUAUGCCGCACGGUCCCGGCAAGGCGAUGCAUCAAAUGGCGGGCGUAAUGGGUCAACCGCCGAUGGGCGGUGCAGGGGCGGCCCCGGUAAUGCCAGCAGCCGCCACCAAGGCGAAGGCGAAGGGCCAGCGAGCACCGAAAGCGGGCGGUGUGGCUGGGGGCGCUGCAUCCAAUGCACCGGCAAAGCGCGCUAAGAACGCAGGCGCUGCUGGUGGCACCAGUGCGCCUCGGGCCCCGAACAAGAAGAAGGCGUCCCAGAACGUUUCGAACUUUGAUUCGGAAGAGGAAGACACGGCCAAACCGAUGUCGUACGAUGAGAAGAGGCAGUUGUCGCUGGACAUCAACAAACUACCGGGCGAUAAGCUGGGCAGAGUUGUACAUAUAAUUCAAAGCCGGGAGCCAUCAUUACGCGAUUCCAAUCCGGACGAGAUCGAGAUCGAUUUCGAAACGCUGAAGCCAUCAACGCUACGAGAGCUGGAAAGCUACGUAGCUUCCUGUCUCCGCAAGAAAACUCACAAAAAAGUGUCUGGUAAAUCCAAGGAGGAACAGAUGACGGAGAAAAAGCAAGAGCUGGAAAAACGGCUCCAGGAUGUGACGGGUCAACUAGGCACUGGGAAGAAGAACGCGAAGAAGGACGAAGCCAACAAACAGGAUGUUGCUCCCUCCGGAGGCAACAUGUCCUCCAGCAGUAGCUCCAGUGAUUCCUCGUCGUCGAGUUCAAGCGAUUCCAGUUCUAGUGAUUCCAGCGACAGUGAAGCAGAAGCUGGAGGGCGACCACCUCGCAAGAAGAAGAAGGAUUCCUCCUCCCCCAUGGGAUCUGGAGGCAACAAUUCGGCUAAUACGUCCUCUGCUCCAGCCACCGCAUCAACACUAUCGGCAACGGCAGCGGUAUCGCAGUUGCUACCGAGUGCUAGCGCCAAUAACACAAACACCACCUCCAACACCACUACUACUACCACGAACAACAACUCCAAUACCAUCACACCUCUCCCGAACGCCGCCGCUCAGCAGCCACAGCAGCAGCAGCAGCAGCAGCAACAUCCUCCGGCUAACGGCAGCAGUGCCCUAAACCCGACCGCAGUCGCUGGCCCGCCACAACACUCCCAAGUGCACCUCGCUGCACAUCAGCAGCAGCAGCAGCAUCGGCAAACGCCAGCAAACCAGCUACAGCAGUCACUCAUACCGCCACCACCACACUCAUCUCAGUCCACAUCCACGCUGGUCUCAUCAACCUCCUCCUCUAUUACCACCUCCUCCUCCACCUCCUCAUCAGGUGCCGGAGGGGCCACAUCGAGCAUGGGCGUUGCAGCUACCACCGGCAGUCACAACGGUAAUAAUCCACCAGCAGCUACAACAAGCAUUGCUGCUGCCGUUUCAUCUGGGUACGGUGGCAUGAUGGGUCUUUCCCAAACGCCGGCCACAACAGUGGUUGACUCUGUGCCAGCGCUUCUGCAGAUUCCUUCACUAGCGCAGCAGCAGACGAUGGCCGCCGGUUCGCACACGCUAGCGAACGCGCUAAUGAUGUCAGCAAGCGGUACGGCAAACAGUAACAGCAAUGGCAUGGGCGGCGGCGUCAGUGGAACUAAUAGUAACAGCGGCAAUCCCAACCCGAUCGGUAGUAGUAACAGCAACCAACUCUCUUUACCACCUCCCAUACCAUCACCAAACACCACCACCACUACUACCAGCACGAUGCUACCUGUGAAUAAUAAUGCUUUGACCACCACCACCACCACCAGUACUAGUAAUAAUCUGGGCAAUAGUGCUAUCUUGAAUAACUCCAUCACUGUUACGCAGCACCAGCAGCAAAAUGCGGCACUCGGCGCGAACGGCAUCGCUCCCCCGGUGGUGCCGGUUACGGCUCACGCCCCAACGUCCGGCAUUACCACCAGCAGCAGCAACGUUAUCAACACGAACGGUAGCGAUGGUGCACUGAAUGCCAGCAACGGUCUGAUCAAUAGUAUGCUGGGACUACCGCCAACGUCCCAGCUUGCUACGAGUCUGGCCGCGAUGACGAACCUGGCCAGUAUGGCUGGCGGUCUGCCACAGCCCCCCUUGCAGAUGCAGACGCAAAGUCAGCAGGUGAGCAAACAGCAGCAACAGCAGCAGCUGGUACAUGGAGGUGCCACCCAGUCCCAACAGCAGCCACAGCAGCAGCUGCAGCACGCACAGCAGCAGCAGCAGCAGCAGCAACAGCUUAAUCAACAGUUCCGUCUCGGGGGUGCUGCCGGCAACAACGGGCAUGGUGGGCUUGGCGGAGGCUUCAUUGAUCCUCUCGAGCACACGCUCAACUCGUUCGAGCAGUCGAUCAAGGCGGAACCGCUAGGGCUGAACCUGCUAAACGACAUGCCCGCCGCGCUAAAGCAAGACCUCACGACGAGCAUGCUGUCCGCCAACAUGGAUCUGUGUAUGGCGCACCUGCAGAACCAGCUGCACUCCGGCAACAACGGUUUCGCGAGCGAGUUCAAUGGCAACGGGCCGCUGAACGGUGGGGCCAGCGCUGGCAUGGGUCUCGGUGCGGGCAUGAACCAGAUGGUCAUGAACAGUAUGGCAUCGUCGGCUGCUGCUGCCGCCGCCGCCGCCGCCAACAGUGCGCUGAUGGGUGGUGGCAUGCCAUCGAUAUUCGAUCCACUGCAGAGCUUUAUGCGUUCGGGGGCGGGAGUGGCGGCCGCCGCUGCUGCCGCCGGAGGAUACCACCAGUCGAAUGCGGUCGGUGCGGGAGGUGCCCCGGCGGGCAUGGCAGGGCUGAUGACGGGUGCAAGUAACAGUAGCAACGGUGCCGGGCUGGGCAGCGGCGCCAGUGCUGGCAACGUCGGCGCAAUGCACGAUCGUUCGAUCGAUCUGACGCAGGCGGGCAGCAACAACAGUAACAGCAGCGGCGGCUCCCUGGGCGGAGCAGUACCGCCUGGGAUGAUGCCAACCGGCAACGGUGGCGGUAACAUGAUGGCCAUCAAGAAGGAGGAACCGGGGGUAGGCGGUGGCAAGUUUAUGCUGACGCCGAAACCGAUCGAAGACUUGCUGAUCAACCCGAACGAGAAGAAGAUGGGCAGUACGCCACCGCCGGCCGACGUGAAGGGCGGGAACGUGGCGAACGCGUUCAACAAGGGCCAGGAUCCGAAGAGCGCUUGGUCGUCGCUGGCCGCCGCGGUGUCGCCCCAGAAUACGCCCACGUCUAACAAGCCGAAACCGUCGAUGGACUCGUUCCAGGCGUUCCGCAACAAAGCGAAGGAGAAGUUUGAUCGAAUGCAGCAGCAGGAGCUGAAACGAUCGCAGAAGGAGCAGGCGGAGAAGGAGCUGAAGCGCCAGCAGGAGCAGCAAAAGAUAAAGCAGGAAGAGAUCAACAAUGGACGAAAAUUACCUAUCGAACCCGUCCAGCCAAGAGUAGUGGAAGAGAUUAAAACAUCGCCACAGGGUAGUCCAUCCCCGGGAGGAACGCCUACCACGCCGCAUGCGCUAGAUCGUUCCGCCGCCAAGCGGGCAGAACUGCGGCGCCUCGAACAGGAACGUCGAAGAAGAGAAGCGAUGGCCGGUCAGAUCGAUAUGAACAUGCAAAGUGAUUUGAUGGCCGCCUUCGAAGAGUCACUGUAAAGCGCGUAAAAAACCCCGUAAUAAAGAUGCAGAUACCCUUCCAUUCGAUGGGGGGAACGUAACAAUAGGCAUGGAACAAUCGACACGGUGUUCCCCACCACCAUCAUACAUCCGCUUUCGAAGAACAAUCGAACAAUCGUUUUGACGAGACGUGUUGCACAUAUUCGGCAAUGAAUGCGGUCGUCUAGUUACAGCUCCGUUACACAUCCGCAGUGUUGUUGUGCGUGUACGAACCGUCACCCUAUUCCCUGUACACACAGAAACCUACAGCAUCCAUUGAGCAUCCUCCAGGUGCAGCAGAGAACAGUAAUCUUCGAUACCGAUAGCGUUUGUUACCAAAAAUACACACAAAAAAAAAAAAACACAAAAUAAAAAAGGGAUUAUCCACACAACGCCACCGCGCGUAAAACCACCGAAAUCGUAGGGAUGAUGCUAGAUGAAGAUAACUGAAUCCUGCUGUUGUGUGUGUGCCUGGCCAAAUGGGUAGUAGUAAUGAUUUGGUGAGUACGAACUAUACACCCUAUUCUGCUACUUAAACAAACCCUCAUUUCAUCGUAAGAGAAAGGGCGAUCACUCCCAUGUUAUCAGACUAUCACUAGAGGGGCAAAUCUACACUAAUCAGAAAGUGUUAUACGCAUCCUAUACUCAAACGAUCAUGCAAUGUAUAGUUUAGCCCUACACACACACAUUCACACACAGCGGUAAGCGUAGUUCGAAGUCUGUAACAAUGAUGAUGUGGAUUGGUUUGGUGUGGUACAUUGUCGCAUUAGGGGUAUAGUUUUAUUAUGUUCGAUUAGCUACAGUGAAGUCGUUACUUCGUAGCGUUUAGCCGGUUCAAAGGAAUGGUGGACGUCGGUGCAAACGUCUUUACGCGUUAGUGGUGUAGUAGAUGGAAUAACUCAGAACAUAGCCCAUCGCCCUCUCCUGUGCUAAACGGCACCACUAGAAAUCUUGUGUAUAGAAACAAUCAAACGAUCCCUUGUCGCAACUGACACCCCAGCAUGAUGGGAUAUUGGAAUGAGUAGUUAAGAAAGGAGGAGACACAUACACACCAUUACUAUAAAGCAGACGAAGUGUGAAUGUUAGCAGGAAAUUAAAAAAAAUACUAUAAAUAGUAGAACGUAUCUAGACAUAUAGCUGUAGUAGAAAGUAAAGAAAAAAGGAAAAGAAAAACAAAGCAAAAAUGUGUUUAGCAUAGCAGAAGACGAUAAACGAAACAAUAUAUUAUGUUUACAAUUUCUGGGUAGUUAGUAGUGGCGGAAGGAGGGAGAGACGCAUCGUGAAUGUAACGUGCACUAGUGUUUAGGGAAUACUUUAUCAGUUGUGAUAUAUAAAUUAAAAACGAAGAAAAAAAAACUAACAUAAACAGCCAGAAAACAGUUGCGGCUGGGCGUCGUCGUCGUCGUCCCUGUGUGGACGGUCGUCCAAAAUAAUACUAAUAAUAAUAAUAAUAAUAAUAAUUAAAAUAAUAAUUAUAUUAAUAAUUAUAUUAAUAAUUAUAAUAAUAAUGAUAGUAAUGUGUAAUUAAGAUAGUACGAAACCGACAGGAUGUGUACACGGAAGCGCGGACAACUAAGCAAAAAGGAGAACACAGGUGCACCACACGGUUUAUUAGUAUGGCUGUACUUUUCGUCCUGAGUCAUGGGGAAAAGUACCAAGUGUAGAUAUCAUUUUAUCCGACAGAAAGCUGCUGUAAGAAAGAAGGUUGAACGGAACCAGGAAUCAACCUGGGUGGUGUAGCGUUUUGUUACGUUUACAGUAAAUGAAGACAGAAAACGACAAAGGAGCGGGAAAGCACACACACACACACACACACACACACACACACACACACACACACACACACACACACACACACACACACACACACACACACACACACACACUCACUCACACAUUUUCGCAAUAAAAGGAAGGCAACGGCUUAUGGCUUACCUUUUGCCUCUCUCCGUACACAGGAUCUGGCACUGAUCCACUCACACACACACACACACACCAUCUGCGUUUGAUUUGAUCGUGUCGCCGGCGAUGACGUGCCGCGAUCAUGCAGUGUAAUAUAUUUAUGUAAAGUAAUGUUAAUGUACUCGCUAUUUUCCUCGUCCGGUCGUCGUUGUCGUUUGUGUGCAUGGAGAUGAUGGUGGAACUGAUGCAUUCUGGUUCUCCCGGAUGCUGGGGAGAGGAUUGAAUGUGUGUGAUGUUCGGCGCGACUAUGUAAAUGUAAGCCAAAAACUACUACGGAAGGACGAAAUGUGGUAUAAUAGAGGAAAAAGAUUAAAAAAACUAUCAUCGGAACCAGAUUGUUGUUUCUCGUGUGUUUUCUCUGUCAUUUGCCUAACACAUUGUCGUCAUUCGUAUUCGUACACAAGUUCAUGUAAAUUUUCUCUCGAACUUUUCGUAUUAAAAAACCAACAGCUGCAACUGUUGUGUGUGUGCGCGUGUUAGAGAAAUCGAGCGGGAUGAAAGGCAAAUAAAUGGAAAAAAGUGAAUCGAGUAGUAAAUCGUUGUUCAUGUAUGGCGCUACGUUUUGAGUGCGGAAAUGCGCGCCAUACAUGAAUGCAAAGAUGCAAAAAUACUGAAUGGAUUUUGAUGUAAUAAAAGAAUGACGAAAUAAUGAUGAUAAAUUGCGGGAUGUAAAAGAGGAUUUUCCCCUCCUCCCCCCCACUGGGCAGCAAUAUUUGGUCAAUUUAAGGAGAAACGAGGAAACUUGGAUGAAGGAAUGUAGGUAGUGUGUGUGUGCGUAUGCCCGUGCGUGUGAGGUGUGCGCCAAAUCGAUGAGCACACUUCGUGAAGGAAAGGAUAAAAAUAUAGAAAAAAAAAAACAAAUGAAAUUGUAAUAAACGUUUCUUUUACACUUUUUUUUGUUCU